CCGAGGCGGCCGCUGGCGAUGAGCGGCCCCUCGGAGGCGCGGGAGCUGCCGGAGCGGCUGCGGGAGGCGGCGGCGCUGGGGGACGUGGAGGAGGUGCGGCGGCUGCUGCGCGCGGGCGCGGACAUCAACUCCCGCAACGAGAUCAACGGCUGGACGUGCUUGCACUGGGCCUGCAAGCGGAACCAUGCCCGCGUGGUGUCCUGCCUGCUGGACGCGGGGGCCGACAAGGCCGUCCUCACGGCCAAAGGAGAGCUGGCCGCCCAGCUGACUUCGAAGCCAGACAUCAGGAAGAUUUUGGGAGAAGAAGAAAAUGAAUGUCAAGAAGUGAAAGAUUUAAAUUUGCCAAUAGUUGCAAACUAUUUGGCUAAUCCGCCAUUCCCUUAUAUUUACACUAAAGAAAGCAUUCCAGGUAAUUUGACGGAAUCCCAGAAUGAAAGUGUUUCCACGUCUUCCGGUUCUCAGUGUGAAACCAGCCCUUGUUCGUUAGCAACUCAGGUUGAAAGCAUUUGCACAUCUACAUCAUUGAACGGUGAAGAUGAUUUUCCUGCAUUAGAUACUGCAGAACAACUGCCCAUCCCGUCGGCAACUAUCGCUGCACCAAAACGCGUAAUACCGAACGUACAGAAUGGCCCUAUUUGUCAACCAUCCUUGUGUCAUAGUAGAGGCCUGUUUUCUCCAGUAGCAUCAAAACAGGCUAUACCUCAGCAAGUGAAUGGUUCACCUACUGGUCCUGCACCAACGUUUCAGCCCUUUUUCUUUACUGGAACUUUUCCAUAUAACAUGCAAGAACUUGUACUUAAGGUAAGAGUCCAGAACCUCAGAGACAAUGAUUUCAUUGAAAUUGAACUAGACAGACAAGAACUGACUUAUCAAGAUCUGCUCCGAGUGAGUUGCUGUGAAUUGGGUGUUAAUCCAGAACAAGUAGAGAAGAUCAGGAAAUUACCAAAUACGCUGGUAAGAAAGGACAAGGAUGUUGCCAGACUUCAGGACUUUCAAGAACUGGAAUUAGUUCUUACAAAAAGUGACAACUCUCCUUUCAGAAAUGCUGUAUCAACUUUGACCGAAAGACCAUGCUACAACAGUAGAGCAUCAAAGCUGACUUACUGACUCUUCUAGAUGAAUCUAGAGUAUGAAAACCUGGUAAUUACAUGCUAGUGCCUUUUGAAGGCAGUGAAUUAAGUGUGUGUGAAACCUUAAGUUAUUGUUAGGGUUAAUAUUUUAACUAAUAGUUUAUCUUUGAUAUUCUGCUUUGCUUUUAUUUUUUCACUUGAUGCUGUAUUCAGAUAAAGGAUACCUCAUUUGUCUACUAAAAUCACAUGAUUCUGAUGCAGUUCAAUAAAGUUUAUUAGUUUUAUUUGGCAACAGAGGGAAGAACGAACUUAACUGUUGGUAUGAAAAGUAUGUUGAGUACUUGCACUCUUGAUCAAGUUACAGCAUUGUGGAAAAGAGAGUCAGGAAAUAGUACAUAUUCUUUUCAAACAUCCAAUUAAGAGUUUUUUGGCAUAUAAUGAACUGUUGCUCUCUAUAAUUCCUGCUUACAAUUCCUCAAUUUCUUCCUGAAGUCUUAACAAGAUUCAGUGUCUUUUUUUCACUUCACUACAAAAUGUUAUGUAAACUGAGAACUGGCAAGUUGGAGGCUUGCACUAGUAGGAGUCAACAGAGGAGCAUCUUCAAGAAUUUGACUUUUUUAUUUCCAUUUGAGACAUGGCUUUUAAAUUUCACAUAUAGGCCUCGGAAGCACUGAAGUGCAAUAGCAGUGAGUUAAGUGCAACAGACGUUCCUUAUUGUUUGAGCUAUGUCUGUAUCAUGGGCACAGACUGCCUCUCUGCAAGCUAACCCCAGAACUGCAUCUGAAGCAGGUCCGUAUCUGCUUCAGAUCCAUACUUCAAGUGCACAAAACUCUUAUUUUCCUGCAGCACAAUGUUAUCCUGGCUGUGUUGCUGCUAGACAGAAGCCUGUAUAUAUGUAAAAUACUGUGUAAUGGCUCUGCACCACACUGCACUGCAUGAUGCAGAUAGAUGGUCUUACUCUCCACCUAAACACAGCCCAUUAGCAGUAUGCCAUUCUGUCUGCAGAGGGUAGAAAUAUUUAAUACCCACAAGUGACAGGAGAAAUGAUUUUUCACUAGGCUGAAAAUAAGAAUAGUGGAGUAAUACUGUCCACAUGUAAACUGGCUGUAGCUUUCCCCUAUAACUGUAACUUAAAUGAUGGGGGUGCUUCCACCUUCCCCCAAAAAAGCUGGAAGCAUCUCUUAACUGCAAAGUAAUAAAAGCAGAAAAGUAAGUUAACGUGCCAAUUCAAAAGAAAGCUUGUUGUGUUUCAGGAGCUAAGGAAGUGAGCACAAAGCUGAGGCUGUCAUUUUUUCCCAGUCUGUUGAGAAGACUCUGCAUUACUUGCACCAAAACCCAGUACUGAAAGUCAGGUAACUUUGUAGACAAGCUUAACUUGCAUGGCUAGUUUCUGCUGUAAGGGGAGCAGGAGAAGCACGAUAGUAUACUUUUGAGGUAUCACAGGCUUAAGAAACAUACUAUGCUCUUGCUUAGCUAUACUAAACAGGGAACAAACAUAAACUAGAAGAAAUGGCAAUUAGCACUGCACACCACCCCCCCCCCCAAAAGACUAAAUAAGCUAUAACUUUCCACUGCACAGUUUACAUAAGCCUGUUCUCACAUUUACAUAAUGUCAAAAUUUUUUAGCCAGGUAAGUACUGCAGAGGGCUGAAUGCCCCCAGGUGCUUUCAUUAAACAAAACAAAAUACAAAGAUUUUAGUUAAGAUGCAAACUGAUUAGUUUUCAUAUAAGCAAAUAAAAAAUGAAAAUAUUCAUCUGUGGUUUUAUGAAUGGUGAAAGUCAUCAAAACAAAAUCUGAAAUCAUUCUUCUUCAUCCCAAGCAAAUUCUUUUAAUGUACUUAAGUAGUGGCAUUGCCGGAAAGUUUUUCCAGCUAACAUGGUAGUCUGCAAACCUAUACCUUAAGAGGCUUUGUUAAGGAGAAAAAAAAAAAAAAAUACCUACAGUAAUAACUUUUGCAGCAAAAACUUUAAUUGGGUACUCAUUUGUUUUCUUUCUGGACAAGAGUUAUUUACUUAAAAAAAAAAAAGAAAAACACAAAAAACACACACACCACCACUGAAAAUCUACUACUUCUACCUCUGGUUUAUUAAGCUGUGAAAGAGCAGAGUCUUUAUGCAUAGCUGGAAGAGUGUUUCUUCGCUGAUCUGGACUGUAGUGUCAAUGGUCAGACCACAAAUAGUACAAUUGACCUGUUUUGGUCAGAGCAGCAUGCCUGCCACAAUUUCUUAGCAUCCCGUACAGAAGCCGCUUUAUCCUUGAAUCAGCUCCUCCAGGGGCUAGUUUUGAGUUUAGUACAGGCAUGCAUGUCAGAAGAAUAGGGACAUCCCUUUUGCCAACAAACUAGAUGCAUGUUUCAAUGUUCACGAUUUUACUAACUUACCUGCACUUUCUUCAGCUCAAAAUUUUUGCAUAGUGGAUUCAAAAUAACCAAUCAUUACCCUUUUCCAGCUGCUCCGUAUUACAAUGAAUGCAACUUAACAUUUCAUCAGUUGAACUCUGCCAACUAUUGCAAUGCUGCUAUUUAAGGAAUCUUAAGUGCACAAAAUUGAACUUUUAUUAGUUGACGUGAAGUCUUGCAUCAUUCCCUACGUAACUGUUUAAGUACCCGCUCCUCUCCCUUUUCCUGCAUCCAGGAGGUGUGCUAGUGUUAAGUGUGGCUCAACUCUGCUAAGCUCAAGCCUGACACAGCAUGAAGUAAAAUUUCAUAGCACCACCAGCCUAUUUUUCUUGUAGGACAAGAAAGGGGCUUUCAUCAUAACACUUGGGAUAUCUAUCCUUUCAGCAUAGCUGGAAGGCUAGUUCAGAUGACGUGCAAUAACUGCUUGGAAAAAAUCUCAAGUAGUAUUUAAUUUUGCAGUUGCUGUGUUUAGGAAAUCAGUGUAAAGACUGCUUCUACUAGUUACUGAAAGUUCAGCUAUAGCAGCAGCUGAUUUUUAAAAAGUUUUGUUCUUUGUGGAAACUACAGCAAAUAGAACUGUUAACUUCAGUUAUGAUCUGACUAAUAGUACUAAUAACAGUAAGUCUAUGCAUUCAGAGAAAUAUUUUUGUAUGUUUUAUGCCGUUUGAUAAACUCUAAGGCACACUAGCUAACUUUUUUCUUUGAACAAUAAACUGUUGGUGUGACCACUGAAAAUAAGUUUACAGAACUUAGUAUUUUUCCAAGGACAACUUUUGUUUGCCUACAGUCUUCUAUUGAACUGACAUUGCUACUUUUCACCUGUAUUAAAGUAUCAGUUGUUUCAAGUA